AUGGUUGCAUUCGAUCAAGUCAACGCUGCAUUCCUCACAUGGCUCCACGACAAUGGAGCCAAAGUCUCUGCCUCCAUAGCAUUACAGGACUACUCUGAAGAGGGUGCUGGUCGUGGUGUAAUCGCUUCUUCUGAUAUUAAAAAAAAUGAGGAGCUCUUUUCAAUUCCACGGCAUCUACUUCUCUCUCCAUUAACCUCUGAACUUUCAAAAAAGAUUGAUCUGUCGAGUAUGGAAGGCUGGAAUCCCUUGAUGCUGUGCAUGAUCUAUGAGUAUUGCCGUGGAUCAGACUCACUUUGGAAGCCAUACUUUGAUAUUCUUCCUACUGAAUUUUCUACGCCAAUGUUCUGGAGUGAAGAAGAGCUGUUGGAAUUGAAAGGGACUGGAGCUAUAGACAAAAUUGGAAAACAAGAGGCAGAAGCUGCCUUCCACGAGAAACUUUGGCCCGUUAUAAGUGAUAACGGUGCUCUCUUCACCUCUUCCCCAGGAAACAACAGUGAGCCGGACUUGGAUCCGAAGAAAGAUAAUGCAAUCUCGACUUUUAUUCAAAUUUUUCAUCGUAUGGGCUCAUUGAUCAUGGCGUAUGCUUUUCACGAUACUGCCCCUUCCACAGAUAAAGAGGAAGGCGGAGAUAUGGAUGAAGAAAUGGAUGAUGAUGACGAAGAUGAAGAGAAGAUCAACGUAUCCAUGGUUCCAAUGGCAGAUAUGUUAAACCACAAAACCGGCCACAACAACGCUCGACUGUUCCAUGAAAAAGAAUGUUUGAGAAUGGUAGCCAUCGCGAAUAUUCAAGCUGGUCAACAAAUCUAUAAUACUUAUGGCGAGCUCUGUAAUGCGGAUCUAUUACGCAAGUAUGGCUUCGUGGAUGUGCCCAACCCACACAACAUUGCCGAGAUUAGUGGUGAAUUAGUUAUAAACAAAUUUACACAGCAGGAUGAGGCUGGAAAGGAUGAGAAAGUAGAGUGGCUGUUGGAGUAUGAUGGGUUGGAAGAGUACUUUAUUUUAGAGGCAGAUGGCGAAAUUCCCGAAGAAUUAAUUGGAUGCGCCAAGAUCCUGAUGAUGCCAUUGGACGAAUUCAAAGAAACAGUGGUGAAGAACAAAAAGAUUCCUAAUACAAAACUCACCGUGGAAGUGCAAAAGGGUUUAAGAGAGUUAUUGGAAUCCAAGCUGGCUACUUAUCCGUCAACAGCAAAGGUAGAUCUCAAUUGUGAGAACAAACACCAUGUAUCUUAG